AUGCUUUCAUGGAGCCCUUUAGCCAACUUCUUUUGGGACUUACAGUGCAAAAUAUAUUUUCUGCUUGUAGGGAUUUGUUCUGCCUUAAAACUGACAGUACCAUCUCAUACCAUUCACGGUAUUGAGGGGCAACCACUUCAUCUUUCUGUUGACUACAAUUUCAAUGCUACAGCUUCUGAAAUCCAGAUAAUUUGGCUUUUUGAGAGGUCUCAAAGUAAUCCAAAAUACUUGCUUGGCUCUGUAAAUCAAAGAGUUGUUCCAGACUUGGAAUACCAGCACAAGUUUACCCUUAUACCACCAAAUGCAUCUUUGAGGAUUGAUCCAUUGCAUCUCAGUGAUGAGGGCAAUUACAUCGUAAAAGUCAAUGUCCGUGGAAAUGGGACCAUAGCAGCAAGUCAAAAGAUUCAAGUAGCUGUUGAUGUUCCAGUCACAAAGCCAGAUGUACAUACUGAACCAUCUUCAGGAGUAGUGGAGUAUGUAGGGAAUAUUACCCUAAAAUGUACUGUGGAUAGAGGUACAAGGGUAGCUUACCAGUGGAUGAAAAAUGGGAAGCGUCUUCAUGCUGGCCCUAAUUAUACCUUUUCAUCAAACAAUGCCACACUUCUAAUUGUACCUGUAGUGAAAGAAGACAUUGGGAAUUACAGCUGUCUGGUAUCUAACCCUGUCAGUGCAAUGGAAAGUGAGAUAAUUGCACCAACCAUAUAUUAUGGACCUUAUGGACUAAGAGUCAAAUCAGACAAAGGUCUGAAUAUAGGGGCCGUGUUUACAGUUGACGUGGGGGAAGUUGUACUGUUUGACUGCUCAGCAGAUUCAAAUCCACCAAAUACUUAUUCAUGGAUUCAAAGGGAUGACAAUACCACUCAAGUAAUCAAAUAUGGACCCCAUCUGGAAGUUGUAUCUGAUAAAGUGGCCCAGAAGACAAUGGAUUACAUGUGCUGUGCUUUCAACAACGUGACUGGAAAACGAGAUGAAACUCGCUUCACUGUUGUCAUUACAUCUGUAGGGUUGGAAAAGCUGGCCCAGAAAGGAAAAUCUUUGUCUUCUCUUGCAGUAAUAACAGGAAUUUCAUUAUUUUUGAUCCUAGCUAUGGCCUUUUUAUUCCUAUGGAAAAGAUAUCAGCCACAUAAAGUGAUACAACAGAAGCUACAGAGCAGGGCAGAGGCUGAUUACAGGAAGGCACAGGCAUUUUCAGGACAUGAAAGUGCUUUGGAUGAUUUUGGGAUAUAUGAGUUCAUCACUUUUCCAGAUCUUACCAGUGGCUCUAGGGUUUCAAGUCAAUCUGUUCCUGGCCCUGACUUUGUCGCAGGCCAGGAUAUGCUAAGUACGGUUUAUGAAGUUAUUCAGCACAUUCCUGAGCAGCCAGAACAAGACCACCAAGAGUAA